AUGCCGGUGUUCCACACCAAGACCAUCGAGAGCAUCCUGGAGCCGGUGGCCCAGCAGAUCUCCCACCUGGUCAUCAUGCACGAGGAGGGGGAGGUGGACGGGAAAGCCAUCCCGGAUCUGUCGGUGCCGGUGGCCGCGGUGCAGGCGGCUGUCAGCAACCUUGUCCGGGUGGGGAAGGAAACGGUUCAAACCACAGAGGACCAGGUGAUGAAGAGAGACAUGCCUCCUGCGUUCAUUAAGGUGGAGAACUCCAGCUCGAAGCUCGUCCAAGCGGCUCAGAUGCUCAAAGCAGAUCCAUACUCCGUUCCUGCCCGGGACUACCUGAUCGAUGGAUCCAGAGGGAUACUGUCUGGAACGUCCGAUCUGCUCCUUACCUUUGAUGAAGCAGAGGUGCGUAAGAUAAUUCGUGUGUGUAAAGGUAUCCUAGAGUAUUUGACGGUAGCUGAAGUGGUGGAGACCAUGGAGGACCUCAUCACUUACACCAAAAACCUCGGCCCAGGGAUGACGAAAAUGUCAAAGAUGAUUGAGGAGAGGCAGCAGGAGCUGACGCACCAGGAGCACAGGCAGAUGCUCGUCAACUCCAUGAACACCAUCAAGGAGCUGCUGCCCGUUCUUAUCUCAGCUAUAAAGAUUUUUGUUGCGACAAAGAGCGGCCGAGGAGCCGGGGUGGAGGAGGCAGAGAGGAACAGAAAGUUCACCUUUGAAAAGAUGAGCGCUGAAAUCAUCGAGAUCAUCAGAGUCCUACAGCUCACCACGUGGGAUGAAGACGCCUGGGCCAAUAAGAAGGAUAUGGAGGCUUUGAAGAGAUCUCUGGCUUUGAUUGAGUCAAAGUUGGGACAAGCUAAAAGCUGGCUCAAAGACCCUCAUGGACAGCCAGGAGACCCUGGCGAGGUGGCGUUGCGUGUGAUCCUGGACGAAGCUGGUAAGGUGGGAGAGCUGUGUGCUGGGAAGGAGAGAAAAGACAUACUGGCGACCACUAAAGCUCUGGGACAGAUGACGGACCAGAUUGCAGAUCUACGAGCCAGGGGCCAGGGUCCAACACCAGGGUGCGUUCAACGUGCAGGCCAGUGCUCACAGGGCUUAGAUUUGCUUUUUGGCAAAGUGGACAGUGCUGCUCACAGGCUGGAAGCUCUAAUCAAUGCCAAGCAGGCCAUUGCUAGAAGGCUGGAUGCUGCACAGGCAUGGCUGGCCGAUCCUAAUGGUGGUCCUGAAGGAGAGGAGAACAUCAGAGCCCUGCUUGCUGAGGCCAAACGCAUCGCUGACCUUUGUGAAGACCCCAAAGAGCGAGACGACAUCCUGCGCUCCAUAAAUGAGAUUGCAGGACUCACUGCCCGGCUCGUAGAGCUACGCAAACAGGGUAAAGGCGACAGCCCAGAGGCCCGCGCUCUGGCAAAGCAGAUCGGAGCAGCGCUUCUUACCCUGCAGUCCAAAACCAAUCGGGCCGUGGCCAACAUGAGACCAGCAAAACCUGCUGUCACUUUGGAGGGGAAGAUGGAGCAGGCCCUCCGCUGGGUGAACAACCCAGGGGUGGAUGACAGAGGUGUAGAAUGCGAGAGGCUACAGUGGAUCACAGGUCAGGCAGCAAUCAGAGGGAUGGUUGGGGAAGGGAAGAGGCUGGCAGGAGGCUUGUUAGGCCCAUAUCGACAGGACAUGGUUGGGCGCUGCGACCGAACAGAAGCACUGAUGAAUGCUUUGGCAGACAUGGCAAGCAGAGGGGAGGCUGAGGCUCCUCACGCACGUGCUACAGCUGCACAGUUGCAGGACACCCUCAAGGACUUGAGGCAGCACAUGCAGGAGGUGAUGACCCAGGAGGUGUCAGAUGUUUUCAGUGACACCACCACACCCAUCAAGCUGCUGGCAGUGGCUGCAACUGCUCCUCCUGAUGCCCCAAACAGAGAGGAGGUUUUUGAGGAGCGUGCAGGGAACUUUGAGACCCACGCAGGCCGGUUGGGAGCGACCGCAGAGAAGGCUGCCGCUGUGGGAACGGGUAAUAAAAGCACAGUAGAGGGCAUUCAUGCUGCUGUGAAACAUGCCAGGGAGCUGACACCACAGGUGACCUCUGCUGCUCAGAUCUUGUUGAAGAAUCCUGGUAACAAAGCAGCAUAUGAGCACUUUGACACCAUGAAGAACCAGUGGAUUGACAAUGUGGAAAGACUGACUGGUCUGGUUGAUGAAGCCAUAGACACCAAAUCUCUAUUAGAUGCUUCUGAAGAGGCCAUAAAGAAAGACAUUGACAAGUGUCGAGUUGCCAUGGCCAAUGUUCAGCCCCAAAUGCUUGUUGCCGGGGCAACAAGCAUAGCAAGACGAGCUAAUCGGGUCUUGUUGGUGGCCAAGAGAGAAGUAGAUAACUCUGAAGAUCCACGGUUCAGAGACACUGUGAAACAUGCCUCGGACAUCCUCUCACACACCAUCUCCCCCAUGGUGAUGGAUGCCAAGGCGGUGGCUGGGAACAUACAAGAUAAAGCUUUACAGAAAGCAUACUUGGACUCAUGUCUGAGAAUUCUGGCUGCAGUUGGAAAAGUUAGAGAAGCCUUCCAGCCUCAGGAACCAGACUUCCCUCCUCCUCCUCCUGACCUGGACCAGCUCCACGUCAGUGAUGAGCAAGUGCCACCAAAGCCCCCUUUGCCAGAAAGCGAGGUGCCACCUCCUCGGCCCCCGCCUCCAGAGGAAAAGGAUGAGGAGUUCCCGGAACAGAAGGCUGGCGAGGUUGUCAGUGAGCCCAUGAUGGUGGCAGCCAGGCAGCUGCAUGACGAGGCACGCAAGUGGUCCAGCAAGCCUGAGGAUGAGGAGGCAGUAGAGGAGAGGGAGGUAGAUGAUGAAGAUGAGUUUACUGAUGGUGAGGAUGACUAUGAGCCAGAACUGCUGAUGAUGCCGUCCAACCAGCCAGUCAAUCAGCCCAUUCUGGCAGCUGCCCAGUCUCUCCACCAGGAGGCUCGCAAGUGGUCCAGCAAGGGUAACGACAUCAUCGCAGCAGCCAAGAGAAUGGCUCUGCUGAUGGCUGAGAUGUCUCGCCUUGUGCGCGGCGGGAGCGGAAACAAACGAGCGCUGAUUCAGUGCGCCAAGGACAUCGCCAAGGCCUCCGAUGAGGUGACGAGGUUGGCUAAAGAAGUGGCCAAGCAGUGUACGGACAGACGCAUCAGGACUAACCUGCUGCAGGUCUGUGAACGAAUUCCUACCAUCAGCACUCAGCUGAAGAUCCUGUCUACAGUCAAAGCCACCAUGCUGGGACGAACAAACAUUAGUGAAGAGGAGUCGGAGCAGGCCACAGAGAUGCUGGUCCAUAACGCCCAGAAUCUGAUGCAGUCGGUAAAGGAGACGGUCAGAGAAGCCGAGGCAGCGUCCAUCAAGAUCCGCACGGAUGCAGGAUUCACCCUGCGAUGGGUGCGGAAGACCCCCUGGUACCAAUGAACACGGAAUCCAACACGCCGACGCUGGUGUCAGUAAAAUGUAGCAAUGUGCACCCUCGUGACGAGUGAGCGCAUCGAGAAGCUGCAGGAUUUUGAGCCAUUCUCCGUCGUAGUUUGGGUUUUACCACCAGGAACCAUCAAAUUCAGCACAAUGCAGGUUUGAUUUAUAGGUGCUCUGCUCUCCUUCAUGUGCAGCUGUGACCUCCCACACGCUGAUCGGAGACAAGUUUUAAUAUAUUUUUUGGUAUGUUGUGUCACAAAAACUUUAUCUAAAUCUUAGGUAUAUAUUUUUUCGCAUGUUUUAUUUUCUAUCUUCUAAAGGUAAAGUCUGCCAUUGAGACAUUUACCUGCUAGAUGUUUACUUUGAAUUGAUUUUUCAGCUGUAGUUUUUAUUGUAUGUUGUAUAUAAAAAUAAAAAUAAAGUUUUAUAGACACAUUUUCAGCUUUAGUCACAAAGUUUGACACUAAAAUGUAGAGUCUGGCGCGAGCCCAUGAGCUCCGCUCUCUUCAUGUUUACUUUUAAUAAUAAAACCGAAAAUUCAAAGCAGAUAUUACUAUUACUGAUAUUUAUACUUAAGUAUAAAAUCACAGUUUUUCUUUGAUUACAGAAAAACAAUAGCUUAAAGAAUGGCGGUGUUGGUUUGAGCGGCAGUGAAGUUUAGGUUUUAACGUGUUUUUAAUUCUAUAUUUUUGUUUUCUUGAACUUUACCAGUGAACGAUGCCAAAAGAUGGAUUUUAUUUCACUGUAAACCUCAUUAAGUUCUCUUGCUUAACGCUCAAAAAUCAGGUUAUGACAA